AUGGAUACGUGCGCCUCCGCCUUGGAGCUGCUGGGGAUGCUGGUCUAUGUCGGAGCGUGGUUGUGCGCUUUGACGACCACUAUCUUACCACAGUGGCUGACCAUGUCCACGGCGCUGCUGCCUGUGGAGAGCUACGAGCUGGGCCUGUGGGAGACCUGCGUGGUCCAGGAUGUCGGGGGGAUGGAGUGUAGAGCCUAUGACAGCCUGCUGGGCCUGUCCAGUGACCUCAAGCUGGCCCGCAUCCUCAUGUGCGCCUCCCUCGCUGUGGGCAUGCUGGGAAUCCUGGUAGCUAUACCUGGACUUUACCUGGUCAACAGCUGUAAAGAACAUGGAGGGUAUCAAACCAAGAGGACUUUAACCGUGAUCGGAGGGGUGCUGGGGAUGGUUUCUGGAGUGCUGUGUCUGGUCCCUGUGUCUUACAUGGCUCAUUUAGCCGUGAUCCAUUUCUUCGAUGAUAAAGUACCUGAUGUGGUGCCCAGGUGGGAGUUUGGAGAUGCCUUGUUCUGCGGCUGGGUGGGAGGAUUUCUUCUCAUAGUGGCCGGGCUGCUUCUGGUCUCGUCCUGCUUGUGUUCCCAGGUGGAGCCUCAGCCUGCGCUGCAGCGGCGCUACCAGGUGAUGAGCACAGACGUUAACUUCAGGAAGCGCUCAGAGUACGUUUAAGGGAUGAAUGAUGAUGAUUUACCUGCUUAGAGAUUGACAGCACAACACAAUCAACUGUAGAACUGCACUUCAAACUGCUUAGAAACAAUGAUGUUGACAUCUGGUUUAAUAUCAGAUACAAUUUACUGUGUGAAAGUUUCUUUAUCAUUUCAAAGGCUUUGUAAAACAGUGAAAUUGACACCUUGUUCCAGCCAUUUUCACCUGUACAAUCAAACAUUUGAUUUCAGGACCACCUGCUGUGACAGUACAAAUGAAUAUUUUUUUAAAGAUAUGUUUUAUAAGAUGCUUUAUAUUCCUUAUUCUGGGCCUUUCUCUUAUCAGUACCAACAAAGCAGAAACAGGGUCUCAUAGUGUCUCAUUUAUGAGAAAAUUUAGCUUUAAAAUGCUGUGAUUGUAAAUUAUUCUUGAUACCAAAACAUAGAGAAAGCACAUGUUUUUCUAGUGGAGUUUGCUUAUGUGCUGUAACAUGCAGCACG